CACUUUGUGAGGAAAACGAGGUAGAGAGGAAGGAGGCUGAGAAGGACUGGAAAGGGACUUUGGCAGGACUCAGUACGGAGCUGAGGGGUGGACCUUUACUGGCAGCAGCAGCGGCGGCAUCGCCUGUGAGGCAGGUGGUUAACUAGGCCGCAGCAGCCAUGGCGGUUGACUUUGGGGACCACGCCAGCGGGUUCCGCCAUACCGAGGUGAUCAGGUUCAUCAAUAAUGAAGUCCUCCUGAACGGCGGCGGCCCAGGUUUCUACGUGGCCUUCCGCUCACGGCCCUGGAAUGAAGUAGAGGACCGGCUUCGGGCCGUGGUGGCGGACCCUCAGGUGCCGCACGCCAUCAAAAGGGCCUGCGCCUGGAGCGCGCUGGCCUUGAGUGUGCGUGUGGGCGCAAGGCAGCGGGAGCAGCAGGCGCGCCGGGUCCGGAGGCUGCAGGAACAGGUAGAGGAGCGAGAGACCGCUGCCUGGGCCCUGGCCUCCGAGCUGCAGCGUCUACGUGCGGACCGAGAGGAAGCGGCCACACAGUUGCGCUUCACACGGACCGCCCUGCAACAGGCGCUGAUGGAGUGCGAUGUGCUUCGUGGGCGGCUGCACCAAGUGGAGAGGUCAGCCCAGGUCAGCCCGCUGGCCCAUGAAACACUGCCUGGGCCUCAAGCUGAGCAGUUUGGGACUGUAGCCUGGUCCCUGAAUGCCGAGCAGCAGAGAGAUGUGGUUGCCAUGGGGUUUCCUAGUAGGUUGUGUUUUGAGGCCCAGGUGCCUGCCCCGGCAACUGUUCUUUACAUGCCAGGACCUCCAGGUCCCUGUGCUCAGGCCAUACAACCCCCUGUGCCAAUGCCGGUGCCAUACCCACUUCCAUUCCAUGCACCACUCCCAGUGGGAAUCCCUUUCUUGACACCUCUGCCACCAACAGUAGUCAUGGAUGCAGAAGCUGCAGUAGUCCCACUUCAGAUGCCUCCUGUGGGGAUUUAUUCACCUGGUCCAAAUGCUGCAGUGGGCUCCCAGGAGGAGGUGGCCCCACCAUGGGACCAGAAGAGUUCUAGCCAAGAGGGAGGUCCUGAGACCCUCCAGAAUACAGCUCCUGUGGGGAACAUCAGAAACCUUAGCCGGGAAGGUCUAGAGAGAACUCAGGGUAUGGUCCCCCCUGGAGAUAGCUGGAGCCACAGCCAGGAAGAAGGUCCAGAAAAGGCCCAGGAGGUGUUCCCCUCUGGGGAUAGCUGGAGCCAGGGCCAGAAAGAAGGUUCAGAAAAGGCCCAGGAGGUGGUACCCUCUGAGGAUAGCUGGAGCCAGGGCCAGAAAGAAGGUCCAGAAAAGGCCCAGGAGGUGGUCCCCUCUGAGGAUAGCUGGAGCCAGGGCCAGAAAGAAGGUCCAGAAAAGGCCCAGGAGGUGGUCCCCUCUGAGGAUAGCUGGAGCCAGGGCCAGAAAGAAGGUCCAGAAAAGGCCCAAGAGGUGUUCCCCUCUGAGCAUAGCUGGAGCCAGGGCCAGAAAGAAGGUCCAGAAAAGGCCCAAGAGGUGUUCCCCUCUGGGGAUAGCUGGAGCCAGAGCCAAAAGGAAGGUCCAAAGAAGGCCCAUGGGAUGACCCCCCUUGGAGAUAGUUGGAGCCAGAGCCAGAAAGAAGGUCCAGAGAAGGCCCAGGGGAUAUUCCCCUCUGGGGACAGCUGGAGCCAGAGCCAGAAAGAAGGUCCAGAGAAGACCCAGGAGGUGUUCUCCUCUAGGGAUAGCUGGAACCAGAGCCAGAAAGAAGGUCCACAGAAGGCCCAGGGGAUGGUCCCCCUUGGAGACAGCUGGAGCCAGAGUCAGAAAGAAGGUCCAGAGAAGGCCCAGGAGGUGGUCCCCUCCAGGGAUAGCUGGGGCCAGAGUCAGGAAGAAGGUCUAGAGAGUCCCCAGGGUAUGGUUCCUCUUGGGGAUAGUUGGAAACUCAGCCAGGAAGAUCCGGAGAAAUCCCAGGAGGUGGUUACCCUUGGUGCCAGCCAGGAAGAAGAUCCAGAGACUUCCCCGGAGAUGGUAUACCUGGGGGCCAGUGAGAGCCACAGCCAGGAAGAAAGUCCAGAAAGACCCCAAGGGAUGGCCCCCUUUGGUGCCACCAGGGACAAUGGUAAGGAAGAAGAGCCAAGGGGGCCCCAGGAGAUGGUACCCCUGGGGGCCAGUAGGAGCCAUAGCCAGGAAGAAGGCCUAAAAAACCCCCAAGUGAUGGCCCCCCUUGGUGCCAGUAGGAGCAAGAGCCAGGAAGAAGAUCUAGAGGGGCCUCAGGAGGUGGUACCCCUGGGAGCUAGUGGGAACCACAGCAAGGAAGAAGAUCCAGAAAGACCCCAAGGGAUGGCCUCUCUGGGGGACAACAGUAGCCAAAGCCAGGAAGAAGAUCUGGAGAGGCCCCAGGGGACUAGCCAGGAAGGUCCACAGAGGCCCCAGGAGAUCUCCCUAGGGGAUGGCUGGAGCGAAAGUAUGAGGGAAAGCCCAAAGAAACAGCAGCCUCAGGGGCAGAAGGCCAAGCAACCCAAAGGGAAAAAAGCUUUGGAUUUCCAGCACCAGGAGAAGUCUGUCUCAGGAUGCAGUCCAGUGAAUUGGGACUGCCCAUGGUGUAAGGCCAUGAAUUUUUCAUGGCGUAAGGCCUGCUAUAAAUGCAAGAAAGUCUGUGUGGCAGGUGAGAGUAGAGGCCUGGACCCAGGACAAAUUCACUGAUUUC